UUCUGCGCAUGCGCAAACAGACACGCGCUCUGCAUUUCUGGUCAGUUUGAUGGAUGAUGUGUCUUUUAAAGUAAAUAUUAGAGAUGUGUAUGCUGUUAUGAGAUAAUAAGAGUCAGCUUUAUCAUUUAAAAUGCGCAAAAAAAGUGAAUCAAAACAAACUUUAAUGCUCGGGCGCGUGCAGGACCCAGUGAUGAAGGAUUGCUGUUGUGCUUCGGAAGACAGGAUAUAAAGGACUGAACGCGCGAGCGCUGUUGUUCGAGCCGGCUCAUGGAAGGCGCGCGCUGGGCUUUCCGGUGCGGCGCGUGGAGCCCGAGCCGGGCGGAGUGGCUGCUGGCCGCGCGCUGUGUUCAACCGGAAGAGAGAGACAGGGUCGGUCAGUUCAUGUUCGCCAAAGACGCCAAAGCAGCCAUGGCUGGGCGUCUGCUGAUCAGGAAGCUGGUGUGUGUGAAGAUGGGUCUGCCAUGGGACAGGUUCCGCCUGGACCGAACGCCCCGGGGGAAGCCGUACCUGGCCCACCCUUCCUCUGGCUCAGGCUCCGCCCCCUGGAGUUUCAACAUCUCUCACCAGGGUGACUUUGCCGUGCUGGCGGCGGAACGCGGGAGACAGGUGGGAGUGGACGUGAUGAAGACCACCAGACCAGGCAGCAGCUCUGUGCAGGAGUUCUUCCGCGUCAUGAAGCGCCAGUUCACCGAUUUCGAAUGGCGCACCAUCAUGUCUGCGCAGUCCGACUGGGACCAGCUGCACCUCUUCUACAGACACUGGGCUCUGAAGGAGAGCUUCAUCAAAGCGAUCGGCUCGGGGCUCGGCUUCAACCUGCAGAGGGCGGAGUUUCACAUUUUGCCCAAUCAAAUGCAGGAGGGGCGUGUCUUCUGCCAGACCAAAAUGCAUCUGGACGAGGAGGAAGACGAGGACUGGACAUUCGAGGAAUGUUUGCUGGACGAGCAUCAUCACGUCGCCGUGGCGCUGGGAAAACCUGACGGCUCCGUGGCGAACGAUGCUGGGAAUCCCGGAGAGGCCGCAUCCGUCGGGUUCACGGUCCUGAGCUUCGAUGAGCUGAUGGAGGAGGCCACGCCCCUUUCAGAUGAAGACCCCGCCUACUGGGAGAGUUUUAGGAGGAAACCGGAGGUACCGCUGCGGCAGAGUGACGGAUAGGAGGUGUAUAAACUUUUGGGAUAGAUUCCAGAUCCAUCACAACCCUGACCAGGAUGAACAUGGAUGAAUAAAUAAGAGUGUGCGUGUGUGUAAUAAACCAAGCUGUGGAGUACCAUGUGCCUCUCUUGGUCUCUGCAUCUCAUCCUGUUUCUUCCUUUCUCAGUCUCUCUCACUUUUCUUUCUUUUCGUCACCUCCUUUUGACAUUUAAGCAAAAACUGAGCUGUGUGUUUGUCUCUGUUGACUUUUAGUGCCAUGGUGUUCCUCUCUUUCACUCACACACACACACACGGUGUACAUAGACAUGAGAGACAACAGACUCACUCUCACACAGAGAGAAGAGCUCACAAAUGGGGGUCCAACCCCCAUUUGUACAGUAAAGUGUGUAUGUGUGUGUGUGUGUGUGUGUAUUUUCCCAUCUCGUCUCUUCUCUUCUCCCAUGAACUUUUUCCCUGUUACCACGGCAGCACAGCCUGUUACACCGAGGUGACUGGAACGUGAAGUGUUAGCCAACUGAGCUAAUCUCGUACAGUCUGACGGAGAGAGUGAUCGUGGUGUGGAUUGAGUGAGUGUGUGCGUGUUGAGGCGUGUUUCACUGAAGGCCACGCACUUACUACCGCACUCACUUAACACCCAAGCACACACACGGUAUGAGUGGUGGAACUGGGUGUAAUACAGCGCUUGGGUUGCCAGAGUAUGUUUCAAAUCGAAAUACUAUAAGUGAAAGUAAUGAAUGAAAUACACUCACACUUUCCACUUAUAAACCUGGCAAUCAUGCAAAUACAGGUCAAGCGCUUCAGAUCUCAUCAAACAUCAGAAUGGAGGGGAGGGUGUGUGUGAAUGUGAUCUCAGUGACUUUGAGCAUAUCAUGGAUGGGCUGGAUUGAGUUUUUCAGAAAAUAUUGAUCUGGAAAUUUCACACACGACAGGGUUGAGACAGAAUGUUGUCUCGAAAUAAACCUUUGGCGGUAAUUCAGCUCGUCAUGCUCGGAGAAGGAAGGGUCGUGUGUAUGAUCCCAAGAACACAGUACUCACAGCGAAGCAUGGUGGUGGGAGCAUCAUGAUACGGAGCUGCUUCUCUGCAAACGGUGCUGUGCUAUUAUACAUCAUCGUCGAAGGAAACUUGACCGGAGGAAAGUAUCGCACGUGAUGCCAUAGAGGAGAACUUCGUCUCGUUGGUCAAGAAACUGAAUCCGGGGAGAAGAUGGCUGGUUUAAUAAGACAACAACCCCAAACAUACAGCCAAAAUAUCUCGAGAAGGACUUGCAUGGCCUGGUCAAUCUCCAGACUGGAAUCUCACUGGAAAUUUAUGGAGGACUUUGAAACCGCGAGUCCAUCAGGGAGACCUUCCUAACCUUGGGGAAUUGAAGAUGAUUUGCUAAAUAAUGAUUUAAUUCCUACCAUAGGUGUCUCAAAGCUGUAAUUGCCAACAGCAGCACUAAUGCAACAAAAUACUAAUGUUAGUUUGUUUUGAGAGAAUACUUUUUUCCUCAUCAUUUUUUUAAAAAAAAAAUCUUUGUUUAUGCUUAUUAAUUCACACUUUUUUUUUUGUUUAUAUUUACAAUGCAAAGUGUAAGGACAUUAGGUGUGUAAAUUGAAAGUGGGUAUAUGUAUUAAAUAACAAACACAGCAGUGUCUGAA